UAUAUAUAUAAAGAGAGAAAAGGAGAGAGAGAAAGAGAGAGACAGAGGGAUAGGCUUUAUAUAUUUAUUUACAUCUGUGAUAUCGACACUGAUAUACAUCGACCUUCUUCGCGAGAAAAAGAAGACGAAGAGGAGCGAGUGAGAGAGAGAGAGAGAGAGAGGCGAGUGACGUGAUCCAGAGAAAGUAGGAGAGAGAGAGAGAGAGAGAGAGAGAGAGAGAGAGAGAAGCAUCGCUCCGAAGAAAGAUUAUAUCAGUAUCAUAGUGGAUAGGGUUUUUUGUAUAUACGACUGAAACUCUUUUUUAUAAUUAUUGCUAUCGGUGCGAGUUGCGGGGAGAAUUGAACACUCGGACAGAUCUCUCGGAUCAGUGGUGAACCGCGGAGGAUUCCCUUCUCCGAUCUUACCCGGACGGUCAUCGUUCCGUCGCGAGGGCGACGAGACGAGAGUAGUAGUGGUGCGCGAGGAGCGGAGAAACAUCAUGGUGGAGAAGAUUCUGGAGGAGAGAGAGGACGGCACUCAGGAGGCCGGACGAGAACUGUACAAACUGACCGGAGAGGUUCUUGGGGAGGGCGCCUACGCCUCGGUCCAGACUUGUACAUCCCUCUACACGGACCUCGAGUACGCCGUGAAGAUCAUUGACAAGAUACCCGGGCACGCGCGUGCCAGGGUGUUCAAGGAGGUCGAGACGUUCCACCAUUGCCAGGGCCAUCCGAACAUCAUACAGCUGAUCGAGUUCUUCGAGGACGAUGAGAAGUUCUACCUUGUGUUUGAGAAGAUCAACGGUGGCCAGCUGUUGAACAGGAUCCAGGAACGGAUUCACUUCACCGAGAGAGAGGCGAGCCAGAUCGUCAAAGAGAUUGCGAGUGCGCUCGAUUUUCUUCAUAAGAAAGGUAUUGCUCAUAGAGAUCUCAAGCCCGAGAACCUCUUGUGCGUGUAUCCGGACAAGUUGACACCGAUCAAGGUAUGCGACUUCGAUCUUGGAUCAGGCAUCAAGUUCAACAACUCGCUGUCUAGUCCUGUGGCAACGCCGCAACUUUUGACACCGGUGGGCAGCGCCGAGUUCAUGGCGCCGGAAGUGGUCGAGGCUUUUAUCGGCGAGGCCAAUUAUUAUGACAAACGCUGUGAUCUCUGGAGUCUCGGCGUCAUUAUGUACAUUCUGCUCUGCGGUUAUCCGCCCUUCUACGGAAACUGCGGCACCGACUGCGGCUGGGGCAGGGGCGAGAAUUGCCAGGCCUGUCAGGAGUUGCUUUUCACCAGUAUUCAGGAGGGCAGAUACGAGUUCCCGGACAAGGAGUGGAGAUGCAUCUCCGAGGACGCGAAGGACCUGAUCAGAGGCUUGCUCGUCAAGGAGGCCCACCAGAGGCUCAGCGCCGAUAGUAUUUUGAAACAUCCCUGGAUUAAUCCCGGGCCGACUUCCGUCGAAACUGGUGAUCGAUCACUUACCACGCCUCAUAUCAUAAGGAGGAACAACUCCGCUAGAGAACUCUCAGCGUUCGCUGAGUCCGCAAUGGCUGUGAAUCGUGUGGUACUUCAGCAUUUCUCUCUAAACCUCGAGGAGCUGGCGGAGAACCGGGAGCCUCGGCUGUCCACGUCGUCGACCGACGACGACAAUCAUCCGUACGGACACAUGUCCGAUUCCAGCAGCGAGCUGUCCGAGAACAGCAAGCACCUGACGACGCACUCGUCCAGCGAGUUCGACGGCACGCGGCCGAGGUCCUGCUCCGUGCGCUCCAGCGUCGAUCUGAACGAUCCCAAGAUCAUCGGCAAGAAUCGCUGCAUCGGUAAGGACUCGCUGCAGAAUUGGUUCGGGCUGUCACCGCCGACCGAGAGCCGUCUGAUGCAACGCCGUUUGAAGGCGCGCUCUGACCUGCUCGAACGUCAGACCGGCAAGGCGGUAAUUGCGUCACCGAGUGGCUGAGAGGUCGCUGUAGAACCGAUCACUUUUUCUCGCUACAGUAUCACUUGUCUCUUUGUAGCUACGUGAAGAAAGAAAAAAAAAACCGCGAACGAUGUACAAUACCUUUUCCAAUGGCUUAGGAAGCUAACGUAGCAGUAAGUCGAGUUUCUGAUUCUGCGCGGAUAAUGAGAAACAGGCUCAAUCAUUUACGAUAGUGACGACAGCGAUAAUAAUCGAAAAAGUAUUCGCCGCGAAAGAAAAGUUAAUCGAAACGGUAUAUAUUGUCGUCAUCUUCUUUUUUUCGGUAUAGUCCUAAGCUUCUUUUGUUUUAAACGUGUUUGCUUUUAACAGGCAGUUCGAAUGGCAAUCAGAUUGUUUUUAUUUCCAAGGAAAGAUUCCUUCAAUCUUCAAACUGAUUUCAGAUUAAUUGGAUAACGCGAUAGAGUUAUGGCUUUGAAUAAUGUAACUAUUGAAAUAAUAAUGUAAUGAAAAGGAAAGUGUAAAAUAUAAAACAAGAGAUUUAUAUAUAUAGAGAUUUUCGUUUAAAAUAUAAAUCUUAACUCUAAUAUAAUGCUGUGUGCGCUGUAAACGUAUUGAAGUGUAUUCUGCCGUGACAGGCAAGAACGAUAUUUAAUCAUAAUCGGAGCGAGAGGAAAAGAUAAUUAUACCGCAGUUUGACUUCGAUCAUCUCAUAGACGUUGCGCUCCGCGCGCGAGUAAUUUCCUCUUCUCGCGUUUUUUUUUUCUUGGAAAUAAAAGCAAGUCUGUUUUUCAUUUUGAAAUGCCGCUGUUAUCCUCGCUGCGUGUAAUCCGUUGUUCUCACGCAGUCGUAUGUUGCAUAUUGUACAGAGAGUGAGAGUGAAAGAGAGAUAGAGGAGAGAGAUAGCUACGCAACACGCGCAUCGAACAUUGUAUCAUCAUCCGCAGAUACGCAUACGAAUUUACAUACGGAUACCACAUUCGAACAUAUUUCGUUUCAUUCUCGCACGUUCGAGAUCCGUGUGUUGUGCAAAAGUAAAUCAACAAUUGUGGAUAAGCAGAGCACAUGAUUCAGAAACGGUAUGUUGAUGCGUCAACCCGACGUUGACGCGGAUCCUUAUUCUUUCGCUACGUAUAAGUAGGGUGUGAACGUUAAAGACACAUGCGCGCGUUUCGUGUGUAGGACAGAAAGGAAAGAAGAAGAGGAGGAAGAAAUGUAAAGACCCUCGUGAUCGUGAUAGUUCGUGCGCUGCUGAACGCACGAAUGUCCUAUUACGUAAAUAUUAUUUUUAUUUUUUUUUUGUUUGCUGAAUUCUUUAAAUUCGAAAAAGAAAAGAAAAAGGAGGAAAAAAAAAUAUCGACAGACGCAACCGAUGCAAGGCGAAAAAGAUGUUCCUUUUACUGCUUUUUUUUUUAUAUUGUUUCACGUACGUUCGAGCCAUGAUAUAUUCUCGAAUCGGAGUAUAAAAACGCGGGUGAGCGUAUCUCGGCCCAACACACAGGUGCAGAUUAGUUUGCUCAUGUUAGAUUAAUAGAAAAACUCGAUAGAUGUAAGUCGGCAAAAGAUUUCAAAGCAACAUUUGAAUGGUUAGAAGUUACGGGGAGCGGAUCAAAAUAAAAAAAAGAGAGAGAGAGAGAGAAAAUGGCCAAGCUCGUUUAAAAUUUCUCAGUUGUUAAAUUACUGGAUAUCGUUUAUUGAUUUGUGUGUUAAAUAUUUUUUUUUUUGUAGAGUUUUAUCGACCAAAAAUUGUUUUAACACCAGCCCACCCACGAUAAUGCUUUAUAUCUUCGUACAAAUUGUAUUUGUCUUUUCUAUAUGAAAACCUUCGUUCUUACGGUUAUACACCAAAUCUCUAUCGAAGCAGUUCGGGUUCGAGUAGAAACAAAUUAUCUAUAUACUUCUUUCUAUAUACUUUAUCGUGUGUUUUAGAUCAAAAAGGGAAAAAGAUAUGAGAAAGAAAUUUCUUUCAUUCACGUCUUGAUGGCGGCGGGCAGAAUUUUUACUCAGGGCAGCUGGUAGACGCUGCGCACGGUAUAUUCUAUACUCGUACAAUUUCGAAAGCGGCGAAGAUUGGGAGAGAAUGUGCGAAAAAGUUAUCUGUAAGAUAUACAACGCGCGCGCGCGCGGUCCCUCCGGGAUUAAUGGCAAAGGGAGGGGGGAGGUGUUGUGUUGGCAUCUCACUUUAGGAUUCCGGGAUAUCUUUCUUUUGUAGAUUGCGUUUAACUCCGGAGGGCCGCCGCGAGCGGUAAUGUAACAACAUGCGUUUGUACAUUGUAAUUACAUCAUUGGAAACUUUCUUAGAAAGUCAUUCGCUUGCUGUAGGACACACGGCGGAUGUGGCUUUUGUCAACUUCUGUCUUCUUUGUACUUUGUAAGUACCGGUAAAGAUACAGGAUUUAGAGUUUAUAGCGCGCGUGGAUGAGAUUAUACAUAUACAUAUACAUAUGAGAGUCCGUGUAAAUAAAAAGAAAAAGCUACGAUGUGUAGAGAUUACGGAGAAAGCAAUAUAUAUAAAAUGCGAGAGCUCUCUUAAGGAGGAAAUAUUGGAAGAUUAAUAUAUAUUUAUCGGCCUCUUUUGCGCAAGGUUGACAACAACUUUUUACAUCAUUCCUCAAUCAGCUGGUAAACACAUAUACGAAAUUAUCUUUCUACCGUAAAAGAAGAAGUUCAUUUUUUCCCGCUUGUCUUUCUCAAUUUGUCUUGCGCGAAGUUUCCAUACGGUGUGACCCAUAUUUUUUCACACAUUAAGCGUACCGCUCGGAAAGGCUACAGAAAUUGUUCAUUAUCCCUUUCUAUCGGGAAACGAUUUUUUUUUCUUGUGUCGAUCGUGCGUUUUGGUAAAGUAUCAAUAUAAGCUCGAAUGUGUAAGCGAAUGCCCUUUCUUCUUUUUUUUUAAACAAAAAAGGAGGAAUAUAUAAUUAUAAGAAGACAUGAAAAUGAGGUGUGCAUGAGGAAGUGUGCCGGGUGAGAAAAAAAAAUAUAAAAGGAAAAGAAAAAAAUAUACAAAUGGCCAUAAUACAGAUCUGUAUAAGCGUAACGAAUUUAAGAUUGUAUAAUAGAUUGCGAGUGUAAUGUGUGCAUGUGUGCACGCGCGCGCGCGCGUGUGUGUGUUUUUGCAAGCGUGAAGUGGAAGAAACUAAUUGCUAGCCUUUAAGAGAAAACCCAACACAUUGUCGUAAGUUCGUAGCGUAAGGCACCGCUGAGUCAUACCGACCGUUUGUCAGAUCGUUGUUUAUUUUUAUCCUUUUACACACAUCUCCACCACACCAUUGUGUACCGUUUCGCGGAGUGGCUCGAUACUUUUGACACUUCGGUUCGUACCAUUUCACGAAGAAGGAGGAGUUGAAGGAGAAACGGUCAGCGAUUAAUUGUUUUCGAUCGCCGAAGAUUGGAAUUGUGAUAAUGCUUCUUGCGCGAGUGGCUGGACCAUAACAUUUGGAUUUCGGUAUAGCGCAGCGGUCGGAACUUGUACAUGCGAAAACGCGAAAACAUUUAUCAUUCUCAUUUUCUUCCCUAGUAGUACACAGUAGGCGUUAUAAGGUCCUUUUGCCGAGUGGCGGUUAACGCGAGAGAGAGAGAGAGAGAGAGAGAGAGAGAAUGUAACCGUAGGGAGGGAGGGAUGGGGGAGAGUCCGUGGGCGAUGUGAUGUGUUUUUCGCGUCGUGCCAACGCCGUGGCGCGGCGACAAAUCCUACGAGAAACGAGUCACGAUACGUGAGGAGAGCGAGAAAAAUUUUCGUUACACUUUUUCAAGGAAAAAAAAGCGCGAAAAAAAUGAAUAAAAAAUAAUCGUCACGUGUCAUAUACAUACAUAUAUAUAUAUAUAUAUAUAUUUUAAGUGGUACGCAUCCCGUUCCUCUUAUCUUCUAACCCGCACACUCUUCGUCGGGCCUCUUUGUCCCGUCGCUUAUCAAGUACCCGCGCGGUUGACACAUAUCUUCACGAAGGAUGCGCAUCUUCCUUUUUCUUCGUGAAAGAAAAAAAAGGAGGUAUAUUAUCAAGCACGCGAGACGAGUGCAUCCUCCUUUUUUACGAGAGAGAGAGAAAUAUAUAGAAGAGAUAUUGUCAAAAGCACAGGCUAUUGUGUUCGAGAUCACGUCACCGGCGGUCUUUGGUUUCGACGAAAAGGUCAAUUCUGUUUGGGGGGGAGGGGGAGAAAAAUGAGUGUGCGGCUCGACAAGAGCUGAUUUUCCAUCACUUUUCUUAUUCUUGUAAUCGUAGUAGGGUAUGUCGAUCGAAGGUGAGAUAGUAAGAGAAAAAAAAAACCUGGAGAAUGUAAAUAAGAUUUAUCUCGUAGCUAUAGUGCCUAUAUCCUAAAAGAAACUAGAUCGAUAGGUAGUGUUCCCCGGUUUUCAUCCUACCAAUCUUUCUCCUUCCAUCGUCCUUUCACCCCUUCCCUCCUUUCCACAAAACGUAACGACCCUCACACACAUUUUCACGGCCUUCUAAACCGACCACCAUCCCUCUCGUCCAUCCUUCUCCUCUCCCUCAAAAUCGAAACAUUCCUCUCCGUAUCGACCUUCAACUCCAACCGAACUCUCCUCCUCCCUCCCUCCUUCCUCCUGUUCCUCUUCCUAUGUGUCACCUCCCUGCGUCACGAUCCCUACUUCCACGCGUCCCAAAAAAAUUGUUAUAAAACGAGAAAAAUGGCCAAAAAAUAUUUUUUAUUUUUCAUACCCACUUGUAUGUAGAACAUAUAUGAUAUAUUUUUUUGACACGGUUGAGGAGACGGAGCUUGAUUACGAAGAAAGAAGGGAGCGGCCGUAUCGCAUUCUCGCGGGGACCGUUCUCUCCAGAUUCCGAUUGAAAACAUUCGGGGGAGAAUGGUCGGGGGAUGCGAUGGCCUCUCUUUUAUUCCUUGCGUUUGGUGCGAUAUCUUACUGCUUAGUAUUAGAGGUUUUGUAAACCGAAGUCGCUCUUCAGUUUUGUGAGAGAGUAAGAGAGAGAGAGAGAGAAACGUUCGAGAACAUGGGCUGAAGUCCAUUUAACAACGUGCUCACGUACAAUUUUCAAUACAAAACUGUAUUAUUCAAAAAUGUUUACGCUUUUUUUUUUUUUUUUUUUUUUCAAGAAAAGAAUAUUAAAUCCCGACCCCGAGACAGCAAAGUAACGUCAAAGUGAUGUCUUUGACGACAUUUUGACGUCAAAGUAACAAAUAACUUUGUUACCUGGGGUGAUGUCUUUCCGGUUUUACCGCAAUUAAUUUAAACAUAACGAAUCAUUUAACUUGGAUCUGGGACAUGUCGACCAGCUUCACUUUUAUGAAACGCGAAUGGGCGGUAUUUAUCAGAUUUUCAGAAGAAGUACAUCGCGUGAGCACGUGAGGCGCUAAAAAUUUCUCGUACGUACUUUUAUCCGUAUUUUAAGUGGCGCGCGUUAGGUAGCCUAGCGCGAGAAAACAUGUAAAUGUUGAGACUGGAUUACGAACGUACAAAAAUACCUUAUACCUGUAAACAAGACAUGUUAAUCACUUCGCGAUUCGAUCAGCGCGCACGAUCGUCCGAGGGAGCGAGGAGGAACGCUCGUAAUGCGAAAUUUUUUUCGAUUCGAUCCACGUGCGGCAAUUGUUUACGAACUAUACGAACAUUCGGUCCGAACGAAAUCUGAUUGCAGAUCGGCAAAUGGCGUGAUUUGAUGAAAAAAAAGAAAAAAAAAAGAAAAUCUGAUUUGUCAUUAUUCCUCACACGAUUGAUCAUUAAAAUGUAUAUUUUUUAAGUGAAA